CAGCUCUGAUUGGUUGACACCCUUUCAGUUCAGAGAGAUUGUCAGUCAGCUGGAGCUCAACGAAAACAACAAGCUCCGUGGUGUGGAUGACAAAGCGUGCGGGGAUCCGAGCCUGUUGCUGCCGGGCGGGCCGAUGCUAGGAGCGCGGACAACAUAGCAGUGUGGGUCGGUGAGGAGAUGUCAGAGCGGGGAUGCCGCUUCUUGGAGACAGUGUUGUAGUCGAGGGUUGCACACAGUAUACCUACCGCUGGGAUCUGGCACAUAGACUCUCGGAGCAACGUUUCAGCCUAACAAGCAGUGACACAUUUAUGGAUGGUGGGGUCGCAGUAUGCCCACCCCCUCAACUACCACCACACCACCGGCCGGAGGGACUAGCAGCACCGGAGGAGAAGAGGGGCCCAUGUCUGCCACCUCCACCUCCUCUGUCGGCUCCUCUUUCCGGUUCGUCCCGGCUUUCUGCCUGGGCGUGGUGGCAGCAGUAGUGUUUCAGCUGGCCUGGGGAGGCCUGACCCUCACCUCUUUCUUCUUGAAGCUUUUCAUCUAUGUAUCCUUCGCCCUGCUGUGUUUUCUGGCUGGGAGCUUUGUCCUGCUGGUCCGGAAGAGUCCUCUCAAAGUCAGCUGCUUUGACAGAAACAGGAGGCAGUCAGCUGCACGGCUGGAGUUCUUCAACAAGCUCAUGGGUCGUUUUUCGGUGCCGGUUCAGGAGACGAGCCAGAGCAGGAGGGUGGUGGUGUCACACAAUGUGGACAAAACCCUGAAGGAAGUGUUUGACUAUGCCUACCGAGACUACAUCCUGUCCUGGUACGUUCCUCUGAGUCGUGAUGAAGGCCAGUUGUGCUCCAUGCUGUCGGAGGACUGGUGGCAGAUGAUCGGGCACUUGAGAUCCCGGCUUGCUAACAUAGACGUCGUCAACGUAGUGUGUUACGACAGCAUCCGAAUCCUGCACACACAUUUCACUGACCUCAAGGCUGCGUCUGCAAGACCAGAGGAAUGUGCUCGGCCGUUUCCUCUCCAUCCCUGUUUGGUCAGUUCAGACUCAGAGAUGGCCUUUCUCCGCUGUGUAGCCAGAAUACUGCUGCUGUGUCUGCUGCCACAAAAGGAUGCCAAGUCACAUACACUACGCUGCUGCCUCACAGAAGUCAUCACUACUAAAGUGUUGAAGCCUUUGGUCGAGGUGCUCAGCGAUCCAGACUCCAUCAACCGGAUGCUGUUGUCUCAGCUGGAGCAGAGAGAGCAGCAGGCUGAGCAGCAGAAGAAAGCCUACACCUACGCUGCCUCCUAUGAAGACUUCAUCAAACUGAUAUCAACUUCCACUGAUGUCAAUUUCCUCAAACAACUCAGGUAUCAGAUUGUGGUAGAGAUUAUUCAUGCCACCACCAUCAGUAGCCUCCCACAGCUCAAGAAGCAGAAAGAGCGAAAAGGCAAAGAGUCAGCAGCUAUGAAGGCCGACCUGCUGAGGGCCAGAGAUAUGAAGCGAUACAUCAAUCAGCUGACUGUUGCUAAGAAACAGUGUGAAAAACGAAUACGCCUGCUUGGUGGACCAAACUAUGAGAACAAUGAGGAGGGAGGAGCCGAUGAUGGCGAUGAGCCUCAGAGUCAGAAGAUUCUCCAGUUUGAUGACAUUAUGUGUAAUCCAGGCUACAGAGAACAUUUCAGAGUUUACAUGGAGAGAGUUGAUAAGCGAGCUCUGAUAAGCUUCUGGGAACUGGUGGAAACAUUGAAAACUGCCAACAAGAAUGAGGUGCCCCAAAUCGUAGGGGAAAUCUACCAAAAGUUCUUUGUGGAGAGCAGGGAGAUUCCAGUUGAGAAGUUUCUCCUCAAGGAGAUCCAGCAGAGUCUGGUGGGGAACAGAGGCACACAAGUCUUUGUUAGACUUCAAGAACAGGUGGCUGAGACGAUGAGAGAACGCUACUAUCCCUCCUUCCUGGUUUCUGACCUCUAUGAUAGGCUGAUCAAACGAGACGAUCAGCACAGCCAAUCACGAUGUAGCACAGGAGAAAAGGAGGAAGGGUGUCAGGUUCUGGAUGUAGGAGAGGAGGUUGGAGAUGAGGGCAGUAAAGGAAUCAAUGAGCAGGCCAGCUAUGCUGCUACGAAACUACGCCAACUCUAUGACAAACUGGAGUACAAGCGACAGGCCCUGGGCUCCAUCCAGAGUGCACCCAAGCCAGACAAAAAGAUAGUGAGCAAACUAAAGGAAGAAAUUGGAGCCAUGGAGAAAGAACACAGUGAACUCCAGCAACAUAUCACAAGGACUGACUGGUGGUGUGAAAACCUGGGACACUGGAUGGCUACUAUUACUACUGCUGAGGCUACAGAGGAAGGCGGUGAGACUGUAGCUUCUUACAGUGUGUGUGUUAGCCUGGUGGAAGGGGAAGAAACGGCCAACAGUCGCUGGGUAGUCCAGAGGAAACUCACUGAAUUCCAGAUGUUGCACCGCAAACUAACCGAGUGUUUUCCAUCAUUGAAGAAACUCCAGUUACCGUCUCUCAGUAAACUUCCCUUCAAGUCCAUUGACCAGAAGUUCUUAGACAAAAGCAAAACGCAGCUCAAUGCCUUUCUCCAGCGUCUGCUGAAUGAUGAGCGGUUGUGCCAGUCAGAGGCUCUCUAUGCGUUCCUCAGCCCAUCUCCAGAGCACCUCAAGGUCAUGUCCAUUCAGAAAAAGUCGUCUUUCUCUCUGGCCUCCUUCCUGGAGAGGUUACCUGGAGACUUCUUCUCCCAUACUGAGGAGGACGGUGACGAUGACAGCGACUUGUCAGACUACGGCGAUGAAGCAGACGGACGGAAGGACGCCCUGGCAGAACCCUGCUUCAUGCUCAUAGGAGAGAUCUUUGAACUCAGAGGAAUGUUUAAGUGGGUGAGGAAGACUCUAAUUGCACUAGUCCAGGUGACAUUUGGACGAACUAUCAACAAACAGAUCCGGGACACUGUAAACUGGAUCUUCUGUGAGCAGAUGCUGGUGUGUUACAUCAGUGUCUUCAGGGACACCUUCUGGCCCAAUGGCAAAUUGGCACCACAUGUGAAGGUCCGAACUGAUUCUGAACGCAGCGAAACAAAGGAGCGGGCCCAACAGAAACUACUUGAUAAUAUCCCAGAUGCACUAGCAAACCUAGUCGGCCAGCAGAAUGCCCGCUAUGGAAUCAUCAAGAUCUUCAAUGCUCUGCAGGAGGCUAGUGCCAACAAACAUCUCCUCUAUGUGUUGAUGGAGAUGUUACUCAAGGAACUGUGUCCUGAACUCAGAGCAGAGAUGGACACCAUCUGAACACACAAAGCAACACACAAACAGAGCCUUUGACUGAGACUGAGGCUCUGCUGGUUCAUCUUUCAGGCCUUUCUGUAGCUGACCAAUCAUACACUGCCACGUGAGACAGCGAGAUGGUCUUUCGGUUAAAUCUCAGGCAGAAAGCAGCAGCGUUGGUCAGAGCUGAGAUGCUCAUUCUGUUACUUUGCAGUGAGAUGAUGAAAAGCUGAGCUGACACUUGGCUGGUGGUCGACUUUGUUGUGGUACAGAUCUAAAGCUGCCUGUCUGCACAGAGAGAAACAAGAUGGGAAUUAGACUUCUUUCUGUCCAGACAGCAGUCUGACUGGACUGAUUACAUUUGUACCAGAACGCCCACGUUCACUAAAGAACAAAUUGUAUUUUUCACAUUAUGUUACACACAAUGUUUUUUUCCUCAAUAGCACUGAAAUACCAGAUCUGUGCCAGAACAAUAUGAACUAAUUUUUUGUUCCAGUGUAAAUCAUGGCAGUCUAGUAAAGGACUUGAUUGUUUGGAAAAUUUCUAGAGCAGAAAAUCUGCAGACUUGAUUAAAUACAACAAAGACAGCAGACGUUCAGACUUUGUUGCUCUUUAAAGGCAGCCGGUGUUCGUCGUCGACCACGGAUCUCUGAACAUUCCUUCCACACACAACCUGAGCAACAACACUUGUGUUCUGUGAUUCUUGUUAUGGCUUAUAAUUGUGCAAUAUAAUGUCAUGUAAAAGUCAUUGUGAUUAUUUUAUUUAUGAUUAUUCUUGAUAGAUUUUAUUUUUACCAAAAAAUGUUUAGAGCGUUUAUAUAAGCAAUAAAUUGUAAAAGUAAA